UGUUUUAAUCUUAAUAAAAUUGCUUUUAAUAUUAAACUUGCUUGUAUAUAAUUAUUUUGAUUGUUUUCAUAUUUCUAUGCUGCAAGGCAGGAAGAGGAAGAAAGUCCAAAAAUGGCCGAUGAGUGGCGACAGUGCGUUGACUGGCUAGUUCGAUGCCAGAUUUUACCAGACGACCACAAAGCUACAAAAUUAGAUGCAAAUGCAUUUGAUUUAGCUCAGGCUCUACGAGACGGAUCACUUAUUUGCCACUUGUUAAAUCAACUGAGUCCACAAUGUGUCGAUAUGAAAGAUUUCAGUCCCCGACCUCAAAUGUCCCAGUUCCUUUGUAUGAAGAAUAUCCGGACAUUUCUAAACACCUGCAAGAAGACAUUCAAUUUAAAGGAUUCCGAUCUUUUUCAACCACAUGAUCUGUUUGAUGUCAAGGAUUUUAGAAAGGUACUCGAAACAUUAUCAAAGUUAUCAAAAACCGAGAAAGCACAGAGAAAAUUCAGCGGGUUUCCCCCAGAAGGCGAUGACUAUGCAGAACAAGAAGAUAUUUACGGGAACCUCAAAGAUUUAGCCUUGGAAACCGAUUUAGAAGACCAAGAAGAAAUUUAUGAUGUGGUCUAUCAAGAUGACGAGAUUUACGAUGACCUCUGUUACAAAGAACAGAGUAAUAUGUCAACAGAUUUCAUGCCCUGCCCACAGACAAAGAGAGAUUAUUGUUUGAAAGAAAUGAUCGACACAGAGAAAAACUAUGUUGAUGCCCUUAAGAUGAUUGUACAGUUUUUCAUAAAACCACUGAAGACUAUUUUGUCAGCCAAUGAACGAGAAGUAAUAUUUGCCCAUAUAGAGACUUUACUGGAGGUGCACAAGCAGUUCUAUGCUGACUUGUUGCGCACAGUCACCACCAGCCAGGCGACCAUGAGCAAAGUGUUCACCAGUUACAAGUCCAAACUGCUCGUCUACGGUGACUAUUGCUCCAAUUUGCCACAUGCACAGGAGAUGAUCGACAAAGUCACCGACAAUGAAACGACAAGAACUAAAAUACAGGAGUGUGAAAGACAAGCAAAUGAGGGAAAGUUUCGGUUGCGAGAUUUGCUCCAUGUUCCAAUGCAGAGAGUUUUAAAAUAUCACCUUUUAUUACGGGAGUUGAUUAAAAACACUGACCGUAAUGAUCGAGGUGAUUUGGAGAUAGCUCUGGAAGCUAUGCAGGAUUUGUCGCUGUAUGUAAAUGAGGUGAAGAGAGACCAUGAGUCCCUGCAGCUGAUAGAGGAAAUACAGAACAGUAUUGUUGAUCUAAACAUGCAUUUGGCGAAACUGGCAGCUCGACGGCCCAAUGAGCCGGCCAAAACAACAUUGAAGGACUAUGGACGGUUUCAGAAAGAUGGUGAACUCAAAGUGCUCUCGCACCUGGACAGUCGAGUGAGAAACAGGGCUGCCGAAAAAAGACACAUCUUCCUCUUCGACAAGGUCAUGUUGAUGUGCAAGGCCAGGAUGGUGGAAAAGUUGCUUUGGGGUGAUACAUACAGCUUCAAGAAUGCUAUUGUACUCGGUGACUACAAGGUGGAUGACACAGCUAACACUAUUGAAAAAAGAUGGAAUUGUCCAUUUAUCAUGGUGCAGAAAAAUCAACAAAUGGCCUACACGUUUUAUGCGAAAACAGAAGAAGUGAGAGUCAAGUGGGUUGAAGCUAUAAACAUGGCACUUGACAACACUCAGCCACAGGCAGGUCCAAACUAUCUGAUGCAGACAUUUGACAAACCCACCGAGUGUGAUGUGUGUGGAAAGCUUUUGAGAGGAAUUUUCUUCCAAGGAUAUAUGUGUCAAGAUUCAAAGAAAGCUGUACAUAAAGAAUGUAUAGGAAAACCAAAGCAAGCCCGAAUUCAUCAUCGAGGAACAAUACACAAGGCCAAAGCCAACAUGUCGUAUCAAGGCACGCCAACACCAAAUGGUCACAAGCCUCUCAAGUUCAAAAGUGGGGAUGUCAUAGAAGUACUCGACCAAAGUGGAGAAUGGUGGAAGGGUCGGUUCCGAGGUGAAGAGGGAUACUUCCCAGCAAACUACGUCACACUAACAAGACUACUGAGAAAAGAUUCGUAUAUAACAGUAAACGUCGGUGAUAGUAAAACUCCCAUUACUCAAGAACCCCCAUUCUCUGUGUCCUGCACGCCUCAGAGUAGUCCUUACUUGAAUGUGCCCAACCUCAGCACCAGUCCGUGGUAUGUGGGAGAGAUGGAGCGUGAUGCAGCCCAGAGCAGCCUUGACCCCUGUCCAGACGGAACCUUCCUCAUCAGAGUCAGCACAAACCAAGCCAGGAAGGGAGCUUAUUCACUCAGUAUUAAAUAUGCUAAUGCAGUUCGUCAUAUAAAAGUAAACAAAACUCAGCCCGAAGGAAAAUUUUAUUUGGCUGAAGGCAGAUACUUUGACUCUGUACCAAGACUGGUGGAUCACUAUCAGCACCACUCAUUACAAGACAGCUUCCCUGAUGUUGUCACAACGCUAAGGAUACCCAUCAAACAGGCAUCAGGUCAGAGGGUAAUUGGCUAUGCCGUGGCUGUGUAUGACUAUGCAGCGACAUCGACCAGUCAGUUGAGUCUGAAGAUUGACGACAGGAUAGCAGUGAUCAGUAAAAAUGGCAGUGACAAGGGCUGGUGGAAAGGAGAAAAUCUACGUACAAACAAGAUCGGUUACUUCCCAUUAGCGUAUGUGGAGGAUGAAGAUUACUAGCUGCACUCUGACCAAACUUAUAAUAAUGGCUGGAGGCAGUUCAGUGUUGUGAUUAGAACAAUAUGGCUUCGGAGACCAGACAGAGCGGAACCGAUCGUGCUGCAUACAGCCCACUUGAUUAGCUACCUUGGUGAUACAUUGUAAUGCAGUAAAGAAAACCCAGACAUCCAAUCAUAAUGUGCUUUACACUUAGAAUGAUCAACUGUUUGAGAUCUAAUCUGCCAAAAUGCUAAUUAACUCAUACGAUUGAUGUAUUUGUAUAUGUCGACUGUACAUAAUAUAAAAUUUGUCAUGCCCACUGUACAAAAUAAAAUAACGUUGUGAAUAAGUAUAAUUUAUAUAUUGGAAGAUGUUUGUGUGACAAAUGUAUGUGGACUUGGCAUGGGUCACCAAACCAAGAACAGAUGUAUGUGGACUUGGCAUGGGUCACCAAACCAAGAACAGAUGUAUGUGGACUUGGCAUGGAUUGCCAAACCAAGAACAAAUAAAUGGAUGUGGAGUUGGCAUGGGUCACCACAUCAUGAAAGAUGUGAUUGCUUCAUUAACAGAGAUGGUUUCUAAUUCUUGAAUCAACAUUAAAAGCUGCAUUCUGCAUAAAAACUAGUCAAAAGUGUUUCAAACAAUCAAGAAAUGUUUCUCUUCAACUUAGCCUGACCUCAAACAAAUGGCAUAUUCCCCCCCCCUCCCCCCCCCCAUAUUAGUAGACUGGUUCGAACAUCCCAACAGUAAAUGGGAUGGCUUAAAAUCUUCCAGUGAGUCCUCUGUUUCCUGUUUCUUACUGAUUUUUCAAUGGUACACAAUUUUACAUCACAUGAAGGAAAUUGCAAGAUUUUCAUUGGUCUAUGAUAGAAGAAAAACAAUGUCAAACUUUAUGCUAUGUAAAAAAAAAAGAGACAUAUAAUGAACAAUGCACUAUGACAAGUUGGCGCUUAAAACCCAGAACUUAUUAAUUUUUUCAGUAUAGGCCUUUAUCCAGCAGUUUCCAAAAGCCUAACAGUUAGCAAAUGUCUCUAUCAGUUUUCAAAUGUCCUUAUUGAACAGGUUUUUUUGCUGGCCGUUAUGCAAACACUUUGCAAAGGACUUUCAUUGGACAGUUUGCAAUGGUCUUUAUCAAACAAUAGACUUGUAUCAAGCAGCUUUCUUACUCCUUUAUUGAACAGUUGUAGGGGUCCUUAUCGGUGACAUGUUCUGAAGGCCAUGUGCUCAUGAACAAUUUAACUGGUACCAUGGUCUUCUUUCACAUCACAUUAAUCUAAUAUAUGAUGCAAAAACCAGUCUAGCGAGAGAUCAUGAUCACUUGCCCUCUUGAAUAUGUCUUGGUUUUUGAAAGUCAUUACCUAACAAUUGUUCAAAGGUCAUCAGUUUUUUUAUGACGUUUUAUCAGACAGUUUGAAAAGGCCUUUAACAAACAAUUUCCUAAGACCUUUAUUUGAACGCUUUUCAAAGGGCUUAAAAUCAAUCUUUUCAUACAUAAUCUGACCUGUGCUACUUUACCCCUAGUCCGUAUCUCCCAACAGCUAAUCAAAUGGCUAAAAUCUUCCCAUGAGAAGCUUGGCCAUUCUUCAUUGCUAUGUCGUUCUCUAAAAUAGCUUGCUCUGAAUGUGCACGUUAAGCCCUAUGACCUGACCUUCAUUGCUAUGGUCUGGAUAUCUUUUCUGGCGCUCUCGCUUAUCCAAGCCAUUGUGUGUUGGAUUUGGGCCAGUUUUUAGUUUUCUUCAUUUUAAGUCUUUCAUUAUAUACCAUCUCUGGAUAAAUUGAGGAAUAAUCUCUUUAUUCUUUCAACAUCCCUGUGUAAACGUGGAACAGUAAUAAUGUUGAAGCAGUGUGAAGACUGAGUCGCCUGUACUGUAUAUGCAUAUUUGUUGAAUUUGUGAAUGAUGUAAUGUGACCACGAGCUACACUAUACAACACUGUGUUGUUGAUCACUGCUGUGUGUGUAAGAUACUUGUAUAUAAAAUGCCUUUUAGGGCUUUCUUGUACGUGCUUUUUUUUUUCUUCUCUUGUUUUUUUCUCUCUUUUUUCAUUUUCUUUUUUGUUUUCUUCUGCUUCUUUCUUAAUUGUCUGUCCAAGUCUAAGGAUAUUUGGUGUUUAUAUAUGGCUGUGAAUGGGUAAAUAUUUUUUGAAAGUGCUUCCAGAAGAUGUGUUAUUUAGACCUGUCAAUGUACAACUAUUUGUCGUCUUGAUCAUUUAUUUCAAUUAUUGUUCAUUUCUUGAUGUUGUAUUUUCAGUAAUGUUUGCACUGGGAUUUUAGUACAGUGUAUUUUGUUUUUUAAAUAUUUAGUCAUAUUUUUAUUUUUACCUGUUACAUUACAUACACGAGACAUACUUACUUGUAAAAUAUAUAUAUAUUAUUAACUGUAAUCUUAAUUUAGAAAAUAAGUUGGUGACUUUUAAUCAAAGGUAAAAAUUAUAAUUAUUUAAGAAAUUUAAAUUUAGAUAGAUUCGGCCCAUUGCUAUAGCUCAUUUAUAUAUUGUAAAUUAAAUACAAUGCUUCAUGAGCCGCUAACAUGUUACAAUGUACCCAGUACGAAGAUACAUGCAUUUGUGAAUUCUGUAAACCACAGUUUCUUGUGUGGUACGAUUAGGUUUUCGUUCAUGAGAAAUAUUUUGACAUACAUCUUGGAAUGUAUGCGAGUGUUGAAUGUUAUUUACGAACUGAACUUGUAUUCAGUUCUACUGUAGUUAUAUUUUAGAUACAUGUACAAUUUUCAAGAUAAUAUAUUAUUCUGUAUUCAUGUACAGAAAAUACUUAUGUAAAUAUGUACAUGCAUGCUUAUACUUUAAAGCUUACAAAUUGUGAUUAUUUUCUCGAGUUGUUGUCUGGUGAGUAUUGUGGACUUUUUGUAGGGAAUAAAGCUGCAUGCUUUAAAGAGAUUUCAUUUUCAAAUUCUGGAUAAAAUGUUUAAUCAUGUUUGCAAAAGAUAAUAUUAUUUUCAAAUUCUGGAUAAAACAGUUAAUCAUGGUUGCGAAAUUCUAUGUCUUGCUUUCUAUUAUUAGUCAAGUCAGUCUCUUUAGACAGAUUACAAUCAAAAUUGCAUUUUGUUGUAGAUAGAAUUAAGAUUGAAGAAGACAUAUAUUUGUAUGUCUUUUACAUGUUAUGCUUAUAUGAUAAAAAUUCCACAAUUAAAUUUUACAGUGAUUCUACUUUGUACAUCGAACACUUUACAAUGAUAAGAAAUAUAAACAUUUCUGCUUCAACAAGCAAGCAGCUGUAGAUUGACAACAUUUUAGACUUUGAGGUUUUGGGAUUUCCUUCAGUUUUAACGACUUUUGCCAUUUACCAACUUAACUACUGGCUUCUUAAGAGGCAAAUCUUGAACUGAUAGUCCCCACCUGUUAGUAAUAGUUUUCUUGCAUAAACAGAUUGCAAAAUACUGGUAACUGAUGAUUGUAGAUCAAUAGUAAUAAUAAUCAAUUAAAGUUAAUAUAUUAAAUUAAAGUUACUGACCCUAAUUUUUGAGAUGCAUAUCUAUUCUCUUUGGUGUGGGAAAGUGCAUAUAAAAGAUUGCAUGCUACUACAUGUAAUGGAAAAAUGUAGUGGGUUUCCUCUGAAAACUACAUGUCAUAAUUACCAAAUGUUUAACAUCCAUUAGCCAGUGAUUAAUAAAUCAAUGUGCUAAAUGUUUUCCCUCUUUUGAUAAAAAAAACUACAUUUUGAAAAUAACGUAAGACAUAAGAAGCAUGCUGGACAUUGCUUUUCCAAGGAAUUUUGAACGGGUUUAAUUUUCAUUAUGACUAAAUACAUUUUUUUUUAAAUAAUUUAUUUUACACUAUGGUCAGUGCCUUUAAGUGUAGGAAGCAAAUUAUUUAGAAGUGUAAAGUUGACAAUUUAACAGAAGUGGAACAUAAAAUGGUGAUAGAUUUAUUAUGAAGAUGUACUAUUUUUAAGCAUUGCAUGGCAGAAUGUGUGUUUAUUUUCAUAUAGAUGCUAAAAUAUUGAUAAAUUAACAAGUGGCAUCAAUUGAUAUUUGAUAAUUGGUGUAUUUGAAAAACCCCACUUAUUGCUAUAUUUUGUAUGUUAUGCUGUAACAUGACAAAAUCAUCCUGUACACAUAUACAUGAGUUAACUUUGUACAUAGAGUAGGAUAUAGUACAGUUUAAUCAUCCAAUAACUACAAAAAUUUAUUUUUUAGAUGACAAAUAAAAUAAAUAUUUCUCAUUUAUAUACACAUAAAGUCUGAAUAUUAGCAUCAGUCAUUUUCAUAUUGUAGAUUCUCAGCUUCUUAUCAUAUAAUACUAUUAAUAGCCUAUUCUAUAAAAUAACAUUUAUUUUCCAGGUCACCUACUUAGACUUGUGUAGAUUACUUAGGUCAUGGAAAUAUAUUAAUUCUAAAACAAAAAUUUAAAAACAUCACCACAAUUUUUUUCUGUGAUGGAAGAAUUAUGUUUUAAUAAAAUAAAGUAAUUUAAAACAAAUAUACAUAUAUGUUUUUUGGGUUUUUUUAAAGAAUUAGUUUCAAUAAAAAUGAUGUAAAUUAUAUCUAUAUUCUCUAAAAGAGAAAAGAAUAUUUAACAAUAAAAUAUAUCUACAUUGUAUAAAACUCCUGGAUGAAAACAAUUAUGAAGUAACAUUAUUCAAGAUAUUUGUGGAAAUAAAAUUAUAGAUGCAAAUGUGCUUUCCUUGAGCAUGACAAUGCUCUCAAACCCCAUUUGGACACAACAUAUGUGAAAAUAAAAUACAGUAGGUAGUGUUUUUUGUUGUCUUAUCUUGUUACCUGGUUUGUUUUGUAAACCGAAAAGAAAUAUAACACCUGAUUUAUAGCAAAUGUUUCAAGGAUGUUACGUUUUUUAUAUUUGAAGUAAAUUUCUUAUUUGAAAAAAGUGCUAGGUUUUUUCAUAGCUGUUUUAAAAGUAAAGGUAUUAAAAAUAAAAUUGAUUUCAUUAAAAUAUAUGAACAUAUUGUCUGGAAAUGGUGGUAAAUGUCUUUGGCUAGUUAGUAUACACAUAAUUAUAAUCCAGGCAUGAAAUGACUGAAACCAUUAAUAGAACAGAUAAAACAGGAAAGGAAUUAUUUUAGUGUGAAACAUGUAUGCUCAUGGAUAGACUGGUGAAGUGGGGUGGGGCAUUUAUAAAGUUGCAUAAAAACUGUGAUACAGGCAAUGACAGGGUAAUCUCAGAUGUUGUUGCCAUCAUUUUAAAUUGUGCAUAUGGAAAGCCAGAUUUAAGCUGCCAUUUUGCCAGAUACAGUUUAAAAUUGAAUUGGUAGCUAUUUUUCUUAAUUAAAUUUGCCCCCAAAAAACUAAUUUGUGACAGAAUGUUUAUUAAGUCUUUAUUUUGCUACAUUUUAUUUGUCUACAACAAACUGAAUUUGGCUCACAUUUUCAUUUCAAAUAAUUUGCAGCAAAUAACUAAUUUAAUAUUUCUCACCAGCUUUUGUCCUGAUGCUCAUAAUUCUCUUGGGUGAUAUGAUAUUAACACGCUUAACUGUGUGUCAGUAUACAUCAUUUACAGGGUAAGUUUUUAAAGUAAAUAAUUUCAUAAAUCAUAUAGUAUUCAGAUAAUUGGAUUUUGGUUAUUUCAUAUGGACUUUUUUUUUUUUCAAACACUUUUUAAGCCUUUUGAAAAUAUUUUUGUUUGUAGACAUUCAAAUAAGUCAUAAUGAUCCUAAAUACUCUUCUUCUUUUUUUCUGUGUAAAUUUGUUAGAUAGCUCAGUUUAUUUUGCUUUUACGAUAUGUAUUGCUCAGUCCCAGUGCUCAAUCACAACUUAUAAUUGAUUAAAACAGAUCAGGGGUUGGUUAGAAUUAAUGCAAGUUAGGAAUUGUUCUUUGAUAAGAAGAAAAAUGGCUGAAUGUGGCAACUGAGAAAGGAUAAUAUAAGUAGACAAAUUGAGUAUAGCAAGAAAUGUCUUCCCUUUUUCAAAACAUUUUCUGUUACCCUACUCAUUUAUAUUUCCUUUAUUAUUUUAAUUAUUAUUUAUUUAUUUAUAAUAUCAUUUUUAUAAUUAAAAAAGUAAGUGAUGCACACACAGUUUAUUGUUUUAUAUGCCUUGUAUGUAUCUUAAAUUUCAUUUUUAUUUUUUGAUUGUAUAACAAAUUGAUUAUUAUUUAUCUUGCUUUAGAUUUACCAUUUCUAAUUAAAAAACAUAACUUGAGAUAAUUUUAUUUAUUUAUUAAGACAUAUUAAUUAAGACCACCAUUAAACAGGAGAGUAAAAUUAAUUUUGUUAUAAAAUAUUUUUUGAAAUUUUCCACUGCUUUGAAGCCCAAGAACUUGAAAGGAUCAGUUUAUAGGUGAUGAUGAUGAUGUUGUUUUUAAAAUGGGACCAUAGGGGAAAGUUAGUACCUUGUUACAUGUAGGUCUGUUUUCAGUGAACAGAGGGAUCAGGUUUUAGUGAUUUUCCUCCAUUCAUAAUGAUAUUUGUAUUAUAUUAUAUUUUAGUUUAUUUUCAAACACAUUUUGGAUGUUCUUUUUCUUUUAGUUUUCUUUGGUUUUGCUAUCUGUUGUAGGAUAGGAGUAUUUCCUUUUCCGUGUACUGUUCAUCUAACUGCUCACUGGUGUAAUUAUUCAUGUGUACAAUAUCAUCUCGAUGUCAAACAUUGAUAUUAUCAAUGAAAUAAAUAUUUAAAUAUA